AUGAUACAUGAACAAAUUAGAAAUUUUGCAAUUACAAUACUAUUUUUUAUUGGGAUAAUUGAGAAUUUUUCUAAUUUAAUUUUGGAGGAGGGUGAAAUCACCUUUUGUUUUACACAAAUUGGAAUCCGCCGCAAUUUUGUAAACCCAUAUAGACAUCAAAUUAUUGUUAACCCAUAUAGUGAUGAAAAAAAUGACACUUCUUGUUGUUCAAAAAGAUGCUAUUCUUCAUCAAAAGGAUUAAGCUGUAGAAUUUGUCAUUCUAAUUUGGACGUUUUGAACUGUAAUAGUUGUACAAAUAGUUUUAAUUCGUGCUCGGGAAGUUUUGGGCACUCAGAUUCAUGUUCAAAUUUAUUCUCAAGUAAUGCUAACCUCACUAAAUUAAGAGGGAUUCAUAAAGAUUGUUCUAGCAAAAUUUGCAAAUGUUGCAAUAGUUGCAAUAGUUGCAAAUACUUUAAAAUGAACGAAGAUGACUCUGAACUUGAAAGCGAAGUUGAGGCAUUUGGAAAAUUUAAUGAAUCGUCGGAAAUAUCCAGUGAAUCGGAAAUUUCUGAAACAAUUAAUGAUUUUGAAAUUAAAACAAACGAAACUUCAAGCUCUAAUGAAGUUAAAUUAUCAUAUGACAUUUAUUUAAAAAUCAUGGAUAAGUAUCCUUUGCUUUCUAUAAAGAGAAGGAAUUACAUCAGAAUGAGACAAAAUUUGAUAAAUCUUCAACAAUACGGUCUUUGGGAGAUACCUAGAGAUCCAGAAAAUAGUGUAAACGAAACUAGAAAAAUAUUUUGUAACAGAGAGCAAUAUCUAGGACUUACUAUGAACCAUACUAAUAGAGAUCUACCGGUGAUGCAGUUCAUAAAGGAACCUUUCCUAAAAUUCCCAAAUAACCUUAAUAAUAAAGAUAAUAAUUCUACAAUAAUUCAAAGUUCCAUCGUGCCUGAACAUGUAAAUUGGGGAGAAUGGGAAAAAAGGAAUAAGGAACUGAACAAAAUCGUCUUGGGAAAUAAAUUGGGAGAAUUAUUUAACACUACUGCAGAAAGGGAGCCCUGUUAUUUUCUUAGUAAUCAAAGCAAAAUACUUAAUAAAUAA